CUGACAUUGAGAGACAGGUUGUUGUCCUGGCACAGCGCUCGGUUUGUCCGUGUUCUGCGGCCCCACGUAAAACUUGUGGUCGGCUCUUCUUAGCUCGUUUAUAACCUCCUUUUACUCUUAAACAUUCAUUACCUGCUUUUAAAGAUCAUGAGAGGCAGAUGGUAUGCACUACUUAAUCAGCCUUACUUUUAUACUACCCGUAUUACACUACAUACACAAAUGUAAUUCAGUAACAGGAAACUGCUCCCCUAUUUGUGAAAAAAGGAGUGAAGAAUACUAUCCUACAUUCUAACAACCACAAAGGUGCAAUAACCAUGCUUCUGUUAACUUUUUGUUUAUUUGUGAGGAAUGCUUGUUUCUUUCUUUUAAGCCCACGGGCACUGUCGCGUUACUACUACGUCUGUGUCAACUAUUUUAACGAAGUUUUUUGAGAAAAUUUCGGUGUGAAUGGAGGAGGGAGGGCUGAGGAGGAGCGGUGCAUGCUGGGACAGCAGGCUCUGGGUGGGGCAGCUACAGGUACCGCCCCUUGCCGCUACGAGCUCAAACGCACAGUUCAGCACGCGAGUGGUGCGUCUUCCCGCCCGUUUCGUGGGAGGAGACGGACUCCCAGCCGGGAGGUGGCGGUAUGAGCCCGGCGCGCGCGCUGCUCGCCCGCGCCGAAAAGCGAGGAGGAGCGCGGGAAUGGCCUCUCGGGGGGAUCUUACGGAAUUCGAGCGCGGCGUCAUCGUGGGCGCGCGCCUCGGAGGCGCCUCGGUCACCCAGGCGGCGGAGAUGGCCAACGUGUCGCGCGGCACCGUCUCCAAGGUGAUGUCCGCGUGGGAGCGCGAGGGAAAGACCUCCUCGGCCAAAGGCAACUGCGGUCGGAAGCGGCUGCUGUCGGCGCGCGACACGCACGCGCUCGUGCAGCUCGUGCGCAGGAAUCGCCGCGCCACGGCCGAGGAGCUGUGGGAGAAGUUCAACGCGGGCCGGGAGCAGCGCGUCUCCCUGAAGACCAUCCGGCGGGAGCUGCACCGGGCCGGUUACUACUGGCAGGUUGCGGAGCAGAGAGGUAUGACUUGGGAUCGUUUGGAAGAUAAAGAUGGCACUGAAACCGGGGUCACGACCCCAGUGCCUGUCCUCGACCAGACAUUGACAGAGUCCCAGCUUGAUCAGAGCAGUGCCGGAGUGACAGUGGGGCAGCAGGGUGACGUCACAGAACACAAAGAUCAAGAGCUGCUUUGCCUGGAACCGGUACCAAACACAGAACAAACGUAUGACACCCCCAGGAGGGGGUGCCCGCUGACUUGGCUCCGCCAGGACCCGAUACAGGGCCAAACUGAAACCUCGCAAGAUGAAGGAUGCUCCGUGGACAGAGGGAAGGGACGAAGGACAUCAAAGGAAAACCAGAAGAAGGGAUCAAGAGCAGAGCUUCAGAAGUGAUGUCACCCAGAGGAGGAUAUGAGAGCUCCAUAUGUACAUUAAUUUUACUUGUCUUAUGACACUUCUGGAAGGACACAUUAUUUACUGAUUCUUUUAAUAAUAUAAAUUAUUGUUUGGCUUAGGUUAUUUUGGACUUUUUCCCUUGAAUUAUUUUUGAAAUGGUGUGUAGAAAACCUCCAUAACCUCAACUUUGACCUUUGCCAUCUCCAAAGAAGGGAUCUACCAUAUCUGUAGGUGCCAGGUUCAAUAAACUCCUGUCACCUUCCACUAUGCUUUGUGUCACUUGCAAGUGUUUCUGUCCCCCUGGACCCUGA